AUGUCCGUCGUCGCCAAAAACGAUCCCGAGCUUAACAAGCUCGCGGAAAACAUGAUGGAAACAACUAAUCUUAGCGACACCGAUGUUUUAGCCGGCGGCGGCAUCGAAUUAACUUUUUCAGCGGCCAUAGAUGAUGCCGAAAACUUGGAACAACUAGGCCCAGUUAUUAAGCAGAUUACCGAGACUGGUCGACAGGAGGCUUUUGUGGAUCAGCUCGAUAAUCUUGUACGCAAGAAGGACGCCGAAAUCGAACGCAUGUGCAAUGCUCAUUAUCAAGAAUUCGUUCAAGCAGUUGAUCAAUUAUUGAAAGUUCGACAAGGAUCGGUUGCUUUGCGUCAGAAGAUUGCCGAUGUCAACGUCACACUUCAAACUCGAGGAAGCAGACUAUCAGAAAAGCGUCGCGAAUUAAUAGAAGCCCGACGAGUUCAGCAGAAUGUAGAAGAUGCGAUCCAAGUUUUGCAGAACAGUUUGGCCAUGCUGGAACUUGCAAACAAGGCAAAUCAUCAACUGGAAAGCAAAAAAUAUUACUCUGCUUUGAAAACUUUGGAUGGUCUGGAGAAUGAGCAUUUGCAAGACAUGCCUUCGUAUACCUUUGUGCAACAUAUCAGCAAAGGUGUGCCUCUUACACAGAAAAUGAUACAAGAUGAUGUUACAGUGCAAUUGCGUGAAUGGCUGGCAACUGUUCGAGGCGUAUCGCGCGAAAUUGGAUCACUUGCGAUGCAACGUAUGCAGGAACGGCAGGAUCGCUGGCGUGCAAAGACUGCAGAUAAUCCCAAAUUGAGAUAUCUGCAGCACCAUAACGUCAAUUCGGCUAUCGAGAUGGUCGUCAAUGAGGGUCUUGAAUGUAUGUCAAUGCUGGAACGCCACGAGUUCAAGGCAUCAUACGAAGAGGAUCGUCGGGCACAAGCAAAUUUGGCUUUAUCAGCGCCCAUCAAUCUUCGAGAUGGCAAUAUGACACCUUUUGAAACGCUGUUGCAGGAUAUUGUUGGCUUCUUUAUCAUUGAGCACAUCGUCAUGCACAGCACACAAGACUUUAGAAGCCGUGCUGAAGUGGAUGCGUUGUGGGAAAUGGUUACGGGCAAAAUUAUCUUGGUUGUAUCUGAAAGUCUCAAGGGUUGCCGCGAUCCAGAAUUAUUCCUGCGCAUCAAAUUCUCCUUGCUGAUUUUUAUUCAGACACUUGAGAGCUUCGAUUAUUUGGUCAAACCAUUACAAGAAACACUGCUCACUUUGUUCCAGCGUUAUUCUGAACUCUUGAUCAACCAAUACAGCGAGGUAUUUGAAAAGAUUGUUCAAGAAGAUGAGUGCAUGCCAAUGACGGUGGAAAACGCUGAUGAACUCAGAGAGGUCAUGCAAUAUACCCGAUUCCGUCCUGACCGCGAGUUCCUCAAGCGUCAUGGAUUUCCACUACGAUUACCCUUCUCCAAAGUAUUUCCCACUUGUUGUCGCGAUGUGAGUGCCUUUGUGCACCAAUUCUAUCAAUUUGCUGAAGGCUUUUCACAAACACAUGGUGAAAUGGAUGAUAUCCUGAAAAAGGCGGUCGAUAGCCUGCUUAUCCAAAAAGUCAACGCCAUCCUUUUGAAAAAGCUUCAAUCAACGAAUUUGUCACAGAUUGUCCAGAUCAUUAUCAAUAUCGAGUAUUUCGAGUCCACGUGUCCUGAUUUUGAAAUGCUGCUUAUGGAAACGCGCUCAUUCCAUCGGUCGGGACGUAUCCAUUUGAAAGCUUCUUCCACGUUCAAGGAAACUCGACGAAAGGCCGAGAAGCGUAUUUUCGAGCUGGUUAACUCGAAAUUGGAUGAAUUUUUGGAAUUGGCAGAGUUCGAUUGGUUAGUUUGUCAUAACUAA